GUCACAGUGCCAGAGUCAGGAGGACACCAAAGGAACACAGCACUUGAGGGGCAGACACCGAGGCAGGCAUCUCCCCACACCAGACCCAGAUCCUGUGAGCUGGUAAAGUCAGACUGCAAGAAAUCCACACUGAAGCAGCAAAGCUGCAUGGGAUGAAACAUAAACAUAUAAAACGCAAGGACAUGCACCGAGUGACUAAUUACAUAGCUGCUGUAAAUUAAAAUUCAUUAGCUGUGAACAACAGAAGAGGAAAAGCCACAUGCUGAUAUAAUCAUUCAGAAGCAGCUGCUUGGCUGAUCAAAUCCAGUUGGCUUUGUAAACCCAGGCUGUUGACAUGUGCAGAACCUAUUAGGCACUGAAGCAGAUCAGCCCAAACCUUUCUACAGUUACCUGACUGUUGCAUGAAUUACAUCCAGAAGCCAAUGCUUUAGUGAGUGUGUCCUCACCUCAGGGCCUAAGGAGUCAGCAGGACCGAGCAGCUGAGAAGUCUUGCAGGGAGCAGUAGAGAUGGCAGAUCUUCUCGACCCCAAAGGAUAUUUUCCUCCUAGUAAAAGAGAGAAUAAAGGCGCCGGGGGCCGGGCCGGAGGCGGUGCUGGUAGCCGGGCCGAGCACAGCAGCAUGUCGCCGCUCCGUGUGUGCAUCGUGGGUUCGGGAAACUGGGGAUCAGCCAUAGCAAUAAUCAUUGGCAAAAAUGUCCAGAAGUCCAACAGAUUUGAUCCUACUGUCAACAUGUGGGUAUUUGAAGAGAUCAUCAAUAGAAGAAAGCUCUCAGAAAUAAUCAACAAAGAACAUCAGAAUGUUAAGUAUCUCCCUGGAAGCAUGUUGCCCCAAAAUGUGGUGGCUGUACCAGACUUGGCUGAAGCAGUGAGAGGGACAGAUAUCUUAGUGUUUGUCCUACCACAUCAGUUCAUCAAACAAACCUGUGAGGGCAUGGCAGAUCACAUCAAGCCUGGAGCAUUCGGGAUUUCACUCAUCAAGGGGAUUGAUGAGGGUCCUGAAGGCCUGAAACUCAUAUCGGACCUCAUUCGAGAGAAGCUGAACAUAGAAAUCAGCGUUCUUAUGGGAGCCAACAUUGCCAAUGAAGUGGCAGAAGAGAAGUUCUGUGAAACCACCAUUGGGUGCAAAAACGAGAAACAAGGGCAGAUCUUUAAGGAAUUACUGCAAACUCCCAACUUCAGGAUUACCGUGGUGCCUGACUCUGAAACAGUGGAGAUCUGUGGAGCCUUAAAAAACAUCGUAGCAGUGGGAGCCGGCUUCUGCGACGGACUGGACUUCGGUGGUAACACAAAGGCAGCAGUGAUCCGUUUAGGCCUUAUGGAAAUGGUGGCCUUUGCCCAGAUCUUCUGUAAGGGACCUGUGUCAGUAUCUACUUUCCUGGAAAGCUGUGGGGUUGCUGACCUAAUCACUACCUGCUACGGAGGACGCAACAGAAAAGUGGCAGAGGCCUUUGUUCGCACAGGAAAAUCCAUCGAGGAAUUGGAAAACGAGAUGCUGAAUGGACAAAAACUACAAGGUCCUCCGACUUCAGCUGAAGUCUACAAGAUUCUGAAAGAGAAGAAGAUGCUUGAAAAGUUUCCAUUGUUCACAACCAUCUACAAGAUCUGCUACGAGGGUGAACCAGUCCAGAAUUUCAUCUCGUGCCUGCAGAACCACCCAGCGCACCAUUAGGAAUUGGCUCUCCCCACCUGGUUGUUUUCUUCAUCUUAGCAAGACUUUUAUCCACUCCACAGCAAAUAAAGUAGACAAAUAGAUUGUGUGGCAACGCUUGCUGUAAGAGCAACACAGAAUGUAUUUCAGUAUCCUCGUUCUGAGGGUGAAAAAUCUGCCUUCUAACAUUAUAUCCACUGAACAGGGAAAUGUAAAGAUCUGUUUUUGCUUUGAGAGAGCAGUCUGAACACUUACUUGCCUGCAAUUACUUUCAUGUUGGUUGAAAAUGGCGCCCCUCAUCAUUUUCCUGACAGGAGUUCAAUUCAGUGCUUUGCUUUCUCAUAUUUGUUACUGAACAGCAGGAGAUGCAGAACAGUUAAAGAACGCAUCAAAACAGGAAUGAGAGUUACGAGGUCCUACAGCAAUAAGACACACUCACACCGGCCAAUACGGGAUUCGCAAUUCCCCUCCAAUACAAACAGCAAAACAUUCUGUAUUUUGAGAUGUUUAGUCCUUCCUUGAACAUUUCCUAUCAUAGGGUGCUUUGGAAAACCAGGUAUUGCUGCUGUGCUGAGACACACACGAAUGUUCUGCAGAUGUACAAAGAAAAGAGUUUUAGGGGUGGGGGAGGAAGGAAGGGCCUUUUUUAUUCAGGAUACACAGAACCUCCAAUACUAAUCUGAUUUCCUUACAUCCACUGCACUGCUGAUGAACAGAAGAAAAACAUAAAGGGGAAUGACCAGAACCAUUCAUGUGAGUGUUAGCAUUUCUGAGCAAGUGUUACCCACUGGUAUUCCUGCCGGCCGGGAGGGGAAAGCUGAAGAGACAGCUGGGAUACACGCACAGCUCAGCCUGCAGAGCGCUGUCACUCUGACGACACAGAAGCAGCAAUGGACCACUCUGCAUGCCCUGACUUUGCAGACAUGCACAAAAUCGACCGCUACUGACGCACAGCAUUCCUUGUCCAAUCGGAUCCAAAGCCGGGCUGCAUUUCAGCUCCACCAGGAAACACCCAGGACUGACACAACUGAACUGCAUUUAUCUUCCCAUGGACUGCACCGCAGGCGAUGCCCCGACCCCACUGCAGAGCCUGAAGGGAGGCAGCCCUCUCUGCUUCUGAGUUUUACACACCAACUGGUUCUCAAACCAGCUCUUAAUUUUAUUACCAGCGCCAUUCAUUUUGGAAACACCCCUGUCUUUUAAACUGGAUCGGGAAACUUCACCCAGCUGAUGUUUUUCAGUGCUAAGGCCAGCUGUGAAAUAAAGAGCAUCACAUUUUCUAAGCUUUAAUACCCUUCUGGAAAGAUUCAUAUUAGGAAAGAUGGCGAGCAGAAAGGAAGAGUAACCUACUUUUGCUUUGCUUUAUCUGAUUUUCCAGAAGAGCAGAGGGGAACACAAGGGGCUUUUUAAUCUGUAUUCAAAUGACAAAUUAGUUUGAAAAAUAAACC